AUGGCUGUCCAUCUGCCUCGGUUUUGGCUUGAUCAUUCAAAAUCCCAGGAGCCACCUGCCAAUAUUGGAGAGCACUCCAAGCUAGCCCCAUCUUUGAGAAGCGAGAAACCCCAUGUGCUGGUCCAAUUAAUGUCAGUGAGAGCAUUCUGGAUCUCGACGUCGGUUGGUGUCGCCACCGUUGCAGUAGAGAAGCAGGGUUAUCAUACAUACAUGGACCCAAUCCUGGCGGUAGCAGGCAGGUUGACGGAGCUUGUAGAUAUCACGGCAAAUUCAAAGCUUUGCUUUGGUCCUCUCCGCGGCCUUUGCAAAGACUUGUCUCAUCUAGACUAA